CAUCAAGAGGAGAAAGAUGAAGAAACUAAGGGAGAAGUUCUUUAAGCGUAACGGAGGUCUCCUUUUGCAACAACAACUCCUAGCCAAAGAAGGGACUAUAGAGAAAGCAAAGAUUUUCACGGCUGACGAGUUGGAUAAGGUCUAUGAUCAUUUCAACGCUAAUAGAAUUGUAGGUCGAGGUGGGCAAGGCACAGUGUACAAAGGAAUGUUAAUUGAUGGUCAGAUCGUUGCAGUGAAGAAAUCGCAGGCAGUGGACGAGAAUCAGUUGGAGCCAUUCAUCAACGAGGUUGUUAUUCUUUUCCAAAUCAAUCAUAGGAAUGUUGUCAAACUACUGGGGUGUUGUUUGGAGACGGAAGUUCCCAUUUUGGUUUAUGAAUUUAUACCAAACGGUACGCUUUUUAGCCUUAUCCAUUAUAACAAUUUUGGUGACGAGCUCAUUCCUCUCUCGUGGGAUAUUCGCCUCAGGAUUGCAUCAGAGGUGGCUAGUGCUUUAGCUUAUCUCCACUCUGCCACAUCAAUUCCUAUUUACCAUAGAGACAUCAAGUCCAUCAACAUCCUUUUGGACGAGAAAUUUCGAGCCAAGGUUUCAGAUUUUGGAACGUCAAGGUCUAUUUCAAUCGACCAAACUCACUUGACUACCAUAGUGAAGGGGACAUUUGGUUACUUGGAUCCGGAGUAUUUCCAAUCCAGUCAAUUCACAGAUAAGAGUGACGUUUACAGUUUCGGAGUAGUCCUUGCUGAGCUCUCAACCGAACAAAAGCCAAUUUCAUUUGAAGUUAAAGAUGAUGAGGACCGGAGCUUGGUUACACGUUUUCUAUUGUAUAUAGAAGAGAACCGUAUCAUGGAGAUUCUUGACAAAGAAGUUUCAAAGCAAGGUAAAAUGAAAGAUGUUAUGGCAAUUGUUUUGCUUGCACAACGUUGCUUGAACUUAAAUGGGAAGAAAAGGCCUACCAUGAAAGAAGUGGCUAUGGAGUUGGAUACCAUUAGAGCAUCUCAUCCUCAACUCCACUCCCCUCGAUUAGGCUUGAAAACAUUGGAGGUUGACUCAAAUUUCACAGUUUAAAUUUUUCUAUUGUCC